CUUUGCUCCUUACUACAUCCUACAACAAUGCACCAAAAACUGUUACAACUUAAAGCACUCCUUUCAUCGCUAAUAAGAAUGGUCGUGCCAAAGUAACAUACUUAUAAAUGAGAGCAUGGGCUGUCCAUUUGGUAGAAGUGCUUCUCGCUCCUUACAAACUCUUGUAGAAAAUGAUGCCGAAGAAAAAUCGUGUACUGAAAACAGCAACGUGAAUCUAUCGAAACUUAAGUCAGAUACUCCGGAAUUGGAAAGAUUAGAUCUACGUGGAUUGACUGUAGCUGUGUUGAGUCUCAUUAGUCCUUCGAAUUAUGUACUAUCCUCGAUUGUUGAGAAUAUAGCAAAAGAAAAAAAUCAUAAAGAAUUUCAAUCUGAGAACGAUGUUCAAUUUUUCAAUUUACAAAUGGAUAAAAAUGAAAGUGAUUUUAAAAAUUUUGAAGAUGACCAUCUCAAGAAAUUGUCUGAAUAUUCUUCUUUGUUCGAUUUGGAGAAAGAUAAGCUUCUCGAAGAAUGUGGAAGUCUUCAUGCAAUAACUUGUUUAAAAUCUCAUGAAAGAGCUCUUAGUUUUCUGGGAGGUACAGCAGUUGAUUUCUUUACUAGUUUGGAAUGCCUCGACUAUGUUCUCGAUAAAUCGGACCAGGAAGAAAGAGAGACACUUAAAGUAUUGCCGAAAUCAUCCAAUGAUCAUCUGAUUCUAGAGUUAUCAACGAAGAGGUUAUUCUGGGCUAGAGCAUUUGUUGGCGUCAUAAAAAGGAUUUUAGAUAGUUUAUUCCAUUUAAGAACUAUCAUAGAGAUGCGAAGAAAUUCUGUCGCUAGCUAUUUAUACGAAGUGAAAAUAGGAGAAGCGAACGAAAAAGAUCCUCCUGUAUUGGAAUGCAACUCAAUAGAAACAGGAGAUACUCGAUUGUCUGUUACUUCAUUUUGUAAAGCUUUCCCAUUUCAUUUUGUUGUUGACCGCAAUCUAAAGUUAACUCAAGUAGGUUUAGGUUUAUCUAAACUUAUUGGAGAUAGAAGUAAGAAAAUUAGAGGAUGUAAUAUCAUGAAAUUCUUUCGAAUACAACAACCCAAAAUAUCUCCUUGCUUUCAAGCUAUUUACGCUAAGAUGAACAUGCCUUUUUUCUUAACCAUUCACAAUUGUCACAAACAAGUCGAGGAGAUGUCGUUAAAAGGGCAAAUGAUAUAUUGUCCAGAAUCCGACUCCUUAUUGUUUUUUGGAUCUCCAGUUGUAAACGGUUUAGACGAGAUGAAUGCUAGAGGUUUGUACUUAUCUGAUAUCCCCAUCCACGAUGCUACAAGGGAUAUCAUUUUAGUAGAGGAGCAGGUGCGAGCUCAAGACGGAUUGAAAAGGAGGAUGGACAAGCUAAAGAACUCCAUACAAGAAGCCAAUAAAGCUGUCGAAGUUGAAAGAAGAAAGAACGUAGAUCUGUUGCACUUGGUUUUUCCUCCUAACGUUGCUAGAAAAUUGUGGCUCGGUGAACAGGUAAAAGCUCAACAGUACGAUAACGUGACCAUGUUAUUUUCUGAUAUAGUAGGCUUCACCGCUAUCUGCUCAACUGCUACUCCUAUGUUAGUGAUCAAUAUGCUUAACACGCUCUAUACAAUGUUUGAUAUUUUUUGCGGUGAACUAGACGUUUAUAAGACAGAAACAAUCGGUGAUGCUUACUGUGUUGCCGGAGGUCUUCACCGUCCAAGCAAAACUCACGCUCAACAAACAGCAUGGAUGGCUCUCAAGAUGAUGGAUGCUGCUCAAACUGUAUAUUCUCACGAUGGAAAACUACUUCAGAUGAGGAUCGGGUUACACUCGGGAUCAGUUUUGGCUGGAGUGGUUGGAGUGAAGAUGCCACGUUAUUGUCUUUUUGGGAAUAACGUUACUCUAGCUAACAAAUUCGAAUCCGGGAGCGAACCUGGAAGAAUAAAUAUUAGUCCAACCACUUAUAGCUUACUUAUAAAAACUGAAGGAUUCUCUUUGAUAUCGCGAUCGUCAGAAUGUCUCCCUCGUGAAUUUCCCUCUGAUAUCGAAGGAACUUGCCAUUUCCUAGAUUCGUAUCAGCAUCCAGAAGUGGAGAGGCACCAUCCUCUCGAUGUUCAUGUAAAAAAAGUAAUUGAAGAGUUAGAAUUAGAUGUCACAACUCCGUGGCAUACGGAGAAAACAUAACAUUCGCACUAUAAAACACCACAAUAACGUGUCUGAAUGGUUGUCAUUUCUUCAUAUUGAUUCAUAUUCGAAAUAAUUUAUUAAAGGAAAUGGUAUUCGAGCGAACCAAUUUAUAUUCCAUUUCCCAUUUCCUUUCAUUCACAUAAUUUUUUUCUAUUUUUUUCGCUGUUAAAUAUGUUUUCCCGUUUAUCAGCGAAGAAUAU